AUCAUUUCUCUCCAGAGAACGUGAAUGACACAGCCAAGGAGACAUGCCUGAAUUGGUUUUUCAAGAUCGCUUCCAUCCGGGAACUCAUUCCGAGAUUUUACGUGGAAGCAUCCAUCCUGAAGUGUAACAAAUUCCUCUCCAAAACGGGGAUUUCAGAGUGCCUGCCUCGACUAACCUGCAUGAUCAGAGGGAUUGGGGACCCACUGGUGUCCGUGUACGCCAGGGCCUACCUGUGUCGGGUGGGGAUGGAAGUGGCCCCACACCUCAAGGAGAGCCUCAAUAAGAACUUCUUUGACUUCCUGCUUACAUUUAAACAGAUUCAUGGAGACACUGUCCAGAACCAGCUGGUGGCCCAGGGUGUGGAGCUGCUGUCCUAUCUCCCUCUGUACUCGCCUGCCAUGGGCUGGAUCUUCCAGUGUGUCUCCUACCAUGCUCCUGAGGCUUUGCUGACGGAGAUGAUGGAAAGAUGUAAGAAAUUAGGGAACAAUGCUUUGCUCUUGAACUCCGUGAUGUCAGCUUUCAGGGCUGAGUUCAUUGCCACCAGGUCUAUGGACUUCAUCAGCAUGAUUAAAGAGUGUGACGAGUCUGGCUUCCCCAAGCAUCUCCUUUUUCGCUCAUUGGGGUUAAACUUGGCCUUGGCUGAUCCUCCUGAGAACGAUCGACUUCAGAUUCUCAAUGAAGCUUGGAAAGUCAUCACGAAAUUGAAGAGUCCCCAGGACUACAUUAACUGUGCCGAGGUUUGGGUAGAGUACACCUGCAGGCAUUUCACGAAGCGAGAAGUUAACACUGUUCUGGCUGACGUCAUCAAGCACAUGACUCCGGAUCGAGCAUUUGAGGACUCCUACCCCCAGCUUCAGUCGAUAAUUAAGAAAGUCAUCGCCCACUUCCAUGAUUUCUCAGUUCUUUUCUCAGUGGAAAAGUUUCUACCAUUUCUGGACAUGUUCCAGAAAGAGAGUGUGAGGGUGGAGGUUUGCAAGUGCAUCAUGGAAGCCUUUAUCAAGCACCAGCAGGAACCAACCAAGGACCCUGUCAUCCUCAAUGCCCUUUUGCACAUUUGCAAGACUAUGCACGACUCUGUGAACGCUCUCACUCUUGAGGAUGAGAAAAGGAUGCUGGCCCAUUUGAUCAAUGGAUUUAUAAAAAUGGUGUCCUUUGGCCGUGAUUUUGAGCAGCAGCUCAGCUUUUACGUCGAGUCCAGGUCGAUGUUUUGCAACCUGGAACCUGUUCUUGUGCAGUUGAUCCAUAGUGUGAACCGGUUGGCAAUGGAAACAAGGAAAGUCAUGAAGGGAAACCACUCCAGAAAGACAGCUGCGUUUGUCCGGGCCUGUGUUGCCUACUGCUUCAUCACCAUACCGUCCCUGGUGGGGAUCUUCACCCGCCUCAACCUCUACCUGCAUUCCGGUCAGGUUGCCUUGGCCAACCAGUGCCUCUCCCAAGCCGAUGCUUUUUUCAAAGCCGCCAUCAGCCUCGUUCCAGAAGUCCCAAAGACAAUAAGCAUUGACGGGAAGCUUCGGCCAUCGGAGCCUUUCCUCCUGGAAUUCCUGUGCAAUUUCUUCUCUACCUUAUUGAUUGUGCCGGAUCAUCCAGAACAUGGAGUCCUAUUUCUGGUUCGAGAACUUCUCAACGUGAUCCAGGACUACACCUGGGAUGACAGUAGCGAUGACAAAAUCCGAAUCUACACCUCUGUCCUGCACCUGCUGUCUGCCAUGAGCCAGGACACCUACCUUUACCACAUAGACAAAGUUGACUCCAAUGACAGCCUGUACGGGGGAGACUCCAAGUUCUUGGCUGAGAACAGCAAGCUGUGUGAGGCAGUGAUGGCUCAGAUCCUGGAGCACCUGAAAACCCUGGCCAAGGACGAGGCCCUGAAGCGACAGAGCUUGCUGGGCCUCUCCUUCUUCAAUAGCAUCCUAGCCCAUGGGGACCUUCGUAACAACAAGCUGAACCAACUGUCUGUCAACCUGUGGCACCUGGCACAGAGACACGGCUGUGCAGACACAAGAACCAUGGUGAAAACUCUGGACUACAUCAAGAAGCGAAGCAAGCAACCCGACAUGAAUCAUCUGUCAGAGCUGGCCCUGAGGCUCCCUCUGCAAACCAGGACCUGAGAGCUUGCCCUUCAGGAGCCCCAGUGCCACAUCCUGGAAGAUCGGCUUGGCUGCCAUUAACCCUUCCUGGAAUUUAGGUUUUGUUAUUUUUACUUUUAUACAGAUUGGUUUUAAGCUUUUGCCUUCUACUUGGCUAUUUUGACAGCAGAAGGGGAAUUGACAGAGCAUUAAAACCCAGUCUUGUUCUUUA